GGUGAACGGUACGUUGUGAAGGAAGAGUUCUAUAUCAGUUUUUAGAUAACGUCGCAACUACUGCGGAGAACGAUUUUAUUCAUUAGUUAGUUCUAGACGUUACAUCGUGCUGUCUACGGAGUUUCUUGCACUGUAACCAGAAACGACAUUGCCUAUAUAAUACCACUUAUAAAUUGAAAGUGAUAUUUUACACUGAUAGAUGGGUGCUAUAUAAUGAUCAUAAAUUUUCGUCGAUGACAGGCAUGUGUUAAUAAUUGAUGCUACUUUUUAUGAAAGUACUAGAUUUAAACAGUUGUCAUGGAUUGUCCACCAUUUAUGUGAUUUAUAAUAUCGUGAUUUUUUGAUAAUCACACAACCUGUAAAGUAUUUAUUGACGAUUACGCGUUGACAGGAUGUCUGAUAGCAGAAGUGAAGUUGAUCCUUUCAGUGAGACACCCCUAGAAUUCCAACAAUUUGAAGGGACUAUGGAAGUUACUACACAACAAAAUUCAAUGGAAGAAACAGAAAACAUUACAAAUGAUUUAACAUAUGCAGAACCAUUGACAUCAGUGCAAGUUCGCUGGUUUUAUAGAGACGGUGUAGACAAAAGAUGGAUAGAAUUUUGUGGAUAUGACAGUUUACGAAUUGAAAAUGCUUGGAGAAAUUAUCAAAGUUUGCUUAGUAAACAUGACACAUCGAAUAAUUUGAUUCCUGUAGAAAAAAUUGUAGUUAAAGGAGGAAUGUAUGAUGUGGAAAUUGAUAAAAUGAAAUGUGUUUCAAUAUAUUGCCCAGGUGAAGAAUGGGAAAUUAUGAGAGGUACUUGGUAUUACGAUGGUAGUUGGAUACCUUUGGAGUCAGAACAGUCCAAAGUCAUAGAAGAAGUUCAUCUUAAUCUUUUUCAAAAACAACCUCCAGGUCAAUCUACUUCAGCAUCUGAUACACCUUCUCAUUCUUAUAAAAUAUUGCACACAGAACAUUUCUCUGAAUUUCAUGUUGAUUGGCAUAGUAUAAAUGAUGUGGUAUUACACAGUGAAUAUAGACAUAGUAAAUUAAUGCGUAGCGUCACAACAAAAUUAGGAUUUGCAAAAACCACAGGGUAUCAGUUAAGAAGAGGCUAUAAAGUUCUUGCAGCAAUGGAGGACAAACCUCAUGAUAUUGAUCAUUUAGUGUUUGUAGUUCAUGGAAUUGGUCAAAAAAGAGAUACAGGAAAAAUUAUACGUAAUACAACAUCAUUUAGAGAUUGUGUAGAUUGGCUGAAACAGAAGUAUUUCCCCAAUUCCAAUUAUAGAGUAGAAUUUUUUCCUGUUGAAUGGCGAUCCUCAUUAAAACUUGAUGGAGAUAUUGUAGAUGCUAUUACACCUUAUAGUGUACUAAGUAUAAGACAUUUAUUAAAUACGUCAGCAAUGGAUAUACUCUAUUAUACAAGCCCUCUAUAUGGUGGAGAAGUAAGAGCAGGUUUACAAAAAGAAUUAAAUAGACUAUACUUUAUGUUUGCUAGUCGUCAUCCAGGUUGGAAAGGAAAAGUUUCAAUCUUGGCACAUUCUUUAGGAUGUGUAAUUGUUUAUGACAUUGUCACAGGUUGGAUGGGUCCAGAUACAAGACCCCCAUCCCCAGAAACACAAGAAGUUUUAUUGCAACGAUUACAGUUCCUAAUUGAAAAUUUAUUUUGCUUGGGUUCUCCAUUAUCUGUAUUCCUUGCAUUACGUACACGUUCUCCAUCCACUAAAACAGAUGUGAUGCCUCAAGAUUUAUGCAAAAGGUUUUACAAUAUAUUUCACUGGUCUGAUCCUGUAGCUUAUAGAAUGGAACCACUUUUAGAAAGAGGUUAUAGCAAAAUCGAACCAGUUCUAAUUCCACCUUAUGGAGGAGUUGAUGGUCAACAGACAGAACAAUCACCUCCAUCAAUGAGUACUGCUGAUCAGAAUUUUUCUCCGACAGAAACAGAUGAAAGAGCAGAGAGUCCAGAUAUGUCUAACCGCACUGUAGAUAAAGGUUGGAGUCUUUGGGGUUUAGUACGGGCUGGCUGGAAUGCUAAAGAAGAUGCAUCUACUCCACUUCAACCAGGGCAAGAAUUAACACAACGAUUAGAUUACGUACUUCGAGCAAGUUUGGGAAGAAAUUAUUUGUACACGGUAGCAGCACAUACAACAUAUUGGAGUAACUAUGAUGUAGCCUAUUUUGUGCUAACAAGACUCUUUCCAGCACUAGAAACGUGA